AGAAGGAAGGAGGGGACGGCACCCAGCAGCCCCUGGGCCGGGCACAGGCAGGCCUCUCGGGGCGCAGGGGAGUCGCGGCCGGCCGGAGGCACGCCCCUCGGGAGGAGAGGGGCCCGGGCCCUCCCCCGGGGCGGGCGGGGCUGGGACAGACCGGAGUCGGCCAGGACUUCUCUCUGCCUCCGGCUGCAGUGACCAUCUGGCCGGGUGGGCACGACUUCGGGUCCCUGUGUGCGUGGCGGGGGCCUGGGCACCCACCCUGCCCUCCUUCACCAGGCGAAGGCUGGGCCAGCUCUUAUCUCCAUCAGCCUGCCUCACCCCACAGCCUUUGACGAGGGCUGCUCUGGCUCCUGCUUCACAGCUCAGGUGAAGUCGCUCAAGCCCCGACCGUCCCUCCACCCACCCCAGCCCUGGGCUGUCCUGCACCCUCACCCCUGGGCACCACUCCUGGGGGCUCCACGACGAUUCGAGAAAUUCGAGGACAAAAGCUCCCUGCGGCGCUGAGCCGGAAGUCUCCAUGGCCUCACUGAGCAGAGCCCUGCGUGUGGCCGCCACCUGCCCUCGCCGGGGCCUGGGACAACGCGCACUGACCAGCCAAGCUGGCCCCACCAGAGAGAAGAGCGUACCACACCAGCGGACCCUGAAAGAGGCCCAGGGCCCCUCGGCGGUGGCCCAGGGCCCAAGCCGGCCCCUGCCCAGCACAGCCAACGUGGUGGUCAUCGGCGGGGGCAGCUUGGGCUGCCAGACCCUGUACCACCUGGCCAAGCUGGGCGUGAGCGGGGCAGUGCUGCUGGAGCGGGAGCGGCUGACCUCUGGAACCACCUGGCACACGGCAGGCCUGCUGUGGCAGCUGCGGCCCAGCGACGUGGAGGUGGAGCUUCUGGCCCACACGAGGCGCGUGGUGAGCCGUGACCUGGAGGAGGAGACGGGGCUGCACACAGGCUGGAUACAGAACGGGGGCCUGUUCAUCGCAUCCAACCGGCAGCGUCUGGACGAGUACAAGAGGCUCAUGUCGCUGGGCAAGGCGUAUGGCGUGGAGUCACAUGUGCUGAGCCCGGCAGAGACCAAGGCACUGUAUCCGCUGAUGAACGUGGACGACCUGUACGGGACCCUGUAUGUGCCACAGGAUGGGACCAUGGACCCCGCCGGCACCUGCACUGCCCUCAGCAGGGCCGCUGCUGCCCGGGGAGCACAGGUCAUCGAGAACUGCCCAGUGACCGGCAUCCGCGUGCGGACUGACGACUUUGGGGUGCGGCGGGUCGCCGCCGUGGAGACAGAGCACGGCUCCAUCCAGACGCCCUGUGUGGUCAACUGUGCAGGCGUGUGGGCCGCCGCUGUGGGCCGGAUGGCUGGAGUCAAGGUUCCGCUGGUGGCCAUGCACCACGCCUACAUUGUCACCGAGCGCAUUGAGGGCAUCCAGAACAUGCCCAAUGUCCGCGACCACGACGCCUCGGUCUACCUCCGCCUCCAAGGGGAUGCCUUGUCUGUGGGCGGCUAUGAGACCAACCCCAUCUUCUGGGAGGAGGUGUCAGACAAGUUUGCCUUUGGCCUCUUCGACCUGGACUGGGACGUGUUCGGCCCACACAUCGAAGGUGCCGUCAACCGCGUCCCUGUUCUGGAGAAGACGGGGGUCAAGUCCACGGUCUGCGGCCCUGAGUCCUUCACACCUGACCACAAGCCCCUGAUGGGGGAGGUGCCUGAACUCCGGGGAUUCUACCUGGGCUGUGGUUUCAAUAGUGCAGGAAUGAUGCUGGGCGGCGGCUGUGGGCAGGAGCUGGCCCACUGGAUCGUCCACGGGCGCCCGGAGAAGGACAUGUACAGUUACGACAUCAGGCGUUUCCAUCCCUUGCUCACCGACCACCGCCGCUGGGUUCGUGAGCGCAGCCAUGAGUCCUACGCCAAGAACUACUCGGUCGUCUUCCCGCACGACGAGCCCCUGGCAGGGCGCAACAUGAGGACUGACCCCCUGCACGAGGAGCUACUUGCACGAGGCUGUGUGUUCCAGGAACGACAGGGCUGGGAGCGGCCAGGAUGGUUUAUUCCCCAAGGCACGGCUCCGGUUCUACAGUACGACUACUACGGGGCCUACGGAAACCAGGCGCACAGAGACUACGCCUACGGCCGCCUGCUCGGGGACGAGUACACGUUCGACUUCCCGCCGCACCACGAUGUGAUCAAGAAGGAGUGUCUGGCCUGCAGAGGGGCUGCCGCUGUGUUCAACAUGUCCUACUUCGGGAAGUUCUACCUGGUGGGCUUGGAUGCGAAGAAAGCUGCUGACUGGCUCUUCUCUGCUGAUGUCAGCCGACCCCCAGGCUCGACGGUAUACACCUGCCUCCUGAACCACAGGGGCGGCACGGAGAGUGACCUGACCGUCAGCCGCCUGGCCCCCAGCCCCCAGGCCUCCGCCCUGGCCCCCGCCUUUGAAGGCGACGGCUACUACCUGGCCGUGGGCGGGGCCGUGGCGCAGCACAACUGGGCCCACAUCAGCACGGUGCUGCAGGAUGGGAAGUUCCGGUGCCAGCUCAUCGACAGCUCCGAGGACCUGGGCAUGAUCAGCGUCCAGGGCCCGGCCAGCCGGGCCAUUCUCCAGGAGGUGCUUGACGCAGACCUGAGCAAUGAGGCUUUCCCGUUCUCCACCCACAAGCUGCUGAGAGCCGCCGGGCACCUGGUGCGGGCCAUGAGACUCUCCUUUGUCGGGGAGCUGGGCUGGGAGCUGCAUGUGCCCAGGCCAGCCUGCGUGCCCGUGUACCAGGCUGUGAUGACCGCGGGCGCCAAGCACGGCCUUGUCAACGCUGGGUACCGGGCCAUCGACUCCCUGAGCAUCGAGAAAGGCUACCGGCACUGGCACGCCGACCUGCGCCCCGAUGACAGUCCCCUGGAGGCAGGCUUGGCCUUCACCUGCAAGCUCAAGUCGGCCGUCCCCUUCCUGGGGCGGGAGGCCCUGGAGAAGCAGCGGGCCGAGGGUCUCCGCCGACGCCUGCUCUGCUUUACGGUGGAUGAAAAAGUGCCCAUGUUCGGCCUGGAGGCCAUCUGGAGAAACGGCCAAGUGGUGGGCCACAUCCGGAGGGCUGACUUUGGGUUCGCCAUCGACAAGACCCUCGCCUAUGGCUACAUCCGGGACCCCAGCGGCGGGCCGGUCUCGCUGGACUUUGUGAAGAGUGGGGCCUAUGCUCUGGAGCGGAUGGGGGUGACCUACCCUGCCCAGGCUCACCUGAAGUCCCCCUUUGACCCUGACAACAAGAGGGUGAAGGGGAUCUACUGAUGCGCCCGCGGGGCGGGGCGGAGCCUCCGUGGAUCAGGGGGCCGAGACCGGCUCCGUCCCUCGCUGAUCAUCCCGCACAGGGCCUGCCACCCUGCCCCAGGACCUGGACCCCAACCAGAACAUGGCCCCUGCCUGCUCUUAGUCUGCCCCCCAGACAGAUGUCAGCCGAGUGGACAGAAACCCAGAGGGCCCGUCCUGUGGUCACUGACCAAAGGAUGGUCCCUAGUCCACCCCUACCCCCCCCCAAAACAAACAUGUAAGGUCUUGGGCUCAGGGAGUGUGCCGUGUGGCCUUCUGAAGCUUCCACUUGGUAAGCUCAGCGUAAAAGCCGGGAGGCCAAGAUCCACCUGGAAUCCCAGGCCUGCCUGCCCAGAGCACCACUGGGGAGUUUCAAGGUGCAUCUGGAAUUAGGGACAGAGUGAGGGUUGACUAGUGCCCUCUGCCGUGGGCGCAGUGUGGGAGGCCAGGAGCAGCUAUGCCAGCUCGGCUUGGGCCCCACAGUCAGGCCGUUGGGCAGGAUGGUCCUUUUGCCAGAGGCCGGCAGGGAAGGAAAUCUAGAAAGCAAGCUCUUCCUGCCUCGACCCGCUUUUCACAUGGGAAAGCCUUCUGACCAUUGCCAGCUCAUGAAACACAUGAGCAGAAGCAGGGCAUGGGAAGGGUGUCCCCUCGGUGCCCUCCCUCACCCAUGCGGAAGCCCCACCUCCUGCCUUGAUUUCCCCAAGGGCACCUCGUUCACUAGGUCUGCAAAGGAAGGGCGUGCUGCUGGGUAAGAACCUGGCAGAACCCUCCUGCCUCGUGGCCUCUGACCUUGCAGUUUGCUCGGGACAGGAUGCGGCUCCUGUCCUUGACUCUCUCGUCUUAUGGCCCCCAGGGAAGGACCUCGUCGUAUAGGGCCUUAAAAGGGGGUGACUCCCUUGCUCCCCUUCUCUGGGCCUUCAGAACUCACUAACAUCUACCUGUGUGACCCUCCUCCCUGCCUGCCUUCCCAGGGUGGAUGUCCCUCCUGCCCUGUGCCCCGGCCCAGGUCCCUCCCCCUUCGCCUUGCCCUGCCUCCCUCCCUCCCAGCUCACACCGGCAGGAUUUCAAGAGCUGCACCAUGUGGUCCUGCCCAGGCAUGCCUGACCCUCUGGGGAGCAGAAGGCAGCAGAGGUGGGGUUGGGGGGAGGCGCGGAGCACGGGAUUCCUGCAGACACACAAGCAGCAGUGGGGCAUCGGGGUGGAGGCAGUCCUCGGCGGGCCCUGGCUGCUUUUAGAUGCUCACACCCCACGCAGCCCGCUAUGGACUGAGCUGGAACAGGUCAGGCUAAUAAAAUCAAAGUCGUGGGAA